AUGGACAAGGCCAACGAGAAAGAGGUUGUGGUGGCCAUUGUUGGCGCUGGCCCUUCAGGCCUAUCGGCAGCGGCAUGCCUGAACCGCCUUGGCGUCGCCAAUGUCGUGCUCGAGAGAGAGGACUGUUCUGCCUCUCUUUGGAGAAGGAGGUCGUACGAUCGAUUGAAGCUCCACCUGGCCAAGCAAUUCUGUGAGCUCCCCCACAUGCCCUUCCCCUCCAAUUCACCCACCUUUGUCCCUAGGAACCAAUUCGUCGAAUACCUCGACAACUACAAGUCGUAUUUCGAGAUCAAGCCGUAUUACCGACGGACCGUCGAGACCACGUCGUACGACGACCGAAUCGGCAAAUGGCGGAUCGUGGCAACAAACAUGGGCUCGGGCGAGCAGGAGGUCUACGUGGCGGAGUUCUUGGUGGUGGCGAGUGGGGAGAACAGCGAGGGCGUGAUGCCGGAGGUUGAUGGCUUAGAGAGCUUUGGCGGGGAGGCAAUGCACUCGAGCAACUACCGGAAUGGGAAGGAAUUCAGAGGAAAAAACGUGUUGGUGGUGGGCUGUGGGAACUCAGGGAUGGAGAUUGCAUACGAUUUGUGGAGCUAUGGUGCCAACACUUCCAUUGUUGCUCGAAGUCCCGUGGAAGUUGUUACCAAGGAAAUGGUGUUUAUUGGCAUGGUUUUGCUAAAAUUUCUUCCAUACCGAAUCGUCGACCUCUUGAUGAGGCUACUUAGCAAGCUAAAGUAUGGUGACUUCUCCAAGUACGGCCUUCGGAGGGCGGAAAAUGGUCCGUUCCAUCAGAAAGCAGCAACCGGGCGAACCCCCACCAUUGACGUCGGGGCAAUGAAAAGGAUCAAGAAUGGCCAAAUCAAGGUUUUCCCCUCCAUCAAAAGCAUUGGAGGGAAGCUGGUCACGUUUAUAAAUGACACAACAAGUCAAUUUGAGGCCAUAAUCUUUGCCACCGGCUACAGAAGCAAUGUACGGAAAUGGCUCCAGGGUGGAGAUGAACUUUUCAACGAUGCUGGUAUGACCAAGGUCCGGGACCAGUGGAAAGGAGAAAAUGGCUUGUACUGCGUCGGUUUCUCUCAACGGGGCCUGUUCGGCAUCGCUAACGACGCACGGAAUGUAGCCGACGACAUUCGUUUCGAACUUCAACGCCAAAGGAAGCGCGAGUGA